CCCGACUGCUCCUCUGAUGGAUGAGUGGCAGCUUGCCAGUGAUGGGUCACAUUAUUAGGUACACCUGCCCAAUUCUAUAUCCCCUAUAUACAGGAUAUCCUGUAUGUCAUUCCGAAAAGAGUUUUUGUGUACGUGUGAGUUUUUUUUAUCUUCGCCGUCUCGGAAGAUGACGCCAUUCGCCGCCGUCGAUUCCAGCGUCGCAAUCUCGCUUUCCUAUUUUUCCGUCUCUUCUGCCGACGGAGACGACUCGAGCCAGGAUACCACACCGGGAGACGGGGCGGGGCCGUUUAAGGAUAAGACUGGUGAAGCGUGAGAAAGGUCAAGAUGGCCGCCGGGCUAACCCAGCGACUAAACGAGCUGAAAAAGCCAACAGGUUGUGUGUCGCACACAAUCGCGCACAAACAUCUUGACGGGCCGCAGGAACGAGGAUAGGCGUUGAGGAAACCUGUGUGUGUCCUGUGAUAAUGCUGCAGGAGAGCAGGAAACACACAAUGCCUGUUUUUGCUGCUGCGGAGGUUCCUGAACGUCACACACACACACACACACACACACACACACACACACACACACACAGGAUACCUGGCCUCGGGAAAGGGGAAGCAUGGUGUGUGUGAUACACGUGAACGCAGACAAACAGACUUCCUGCGUCUUCCCACCUACUGGGUGGACCACCUGUGUCACAGGCCGCCAUGUUGGGGAUCACCACACGGCGCCGAUGCCGACGAGGAGGCGGGGCUACGAGACGCAUGACAGCCGUAAACAUGUGUCACACAAAUGUGUUCAUUUUGUGUGUGUGUAGCUUUUUGUGCUAAUGCUAAUGCGUGUUUGAACACGCUUAUGUCCGAAUUAGCACGAGUUAGCAUGUUAGCAUCUUAAUGUAUUUGUCCAACUUAAUAGAUAACAUACAUCACAGACAAUGCAGUAACAUGAAGGAGCGCGGCGGGAGGAUGCUAACGUUAGCAUAGCUAUGAGAUGCUAAAGUGCUAAUAUUGGCUGUGUUGGAAACCGCAUACUGCCUACUACAUACUACUCCAUAUGCAUACUAUCCACACUCCAUACUGCGUACCCAAUCCAUCAAGACAGUAUACAAAGCUAUAUAAAAUAUAAUAUAUAUAUGAUAACCCACAAUGCAUUGCGCUCCUACGCCAGCCGAAAAAUCGACAGGCUGAAGCUAAUUUCACUUUAGCUCUAAACUCUUUAAAUACAUCACUUUAUUGAGAUUUUUUUUUAAAUCUGUCUCGAAAGUGGACGUUUAGAUCCCGAUUUUGCCAUUUAUUUGUCCAAAUAACAACCGUUUACAAUUUCCAUCAGGCGAAUUCGGCAAAAUUUAAGCUAGCUAGUGAGCAAACGCACUUCCGGUUAUUUUCACAAAAUAAAACACCCCAUAUUAAAAAAAACAUAGUGAUAAAUCACUGCUUUUACUUUGAAAACAAGAAGUGAACAACUCGCACUAUAUCUUGCUUGACAUCACCGUUUGGUCCAUGCUGCUGCUCGGUGUUCAAACAAAGUUUUUUUUAGCGGUGACGUCACGUCACGUCGCGUUGAAUUCUGGGUAAUUUGCGUAUUCCAGUCAGUUUACGAUACAUACUCAACAUUUCUGGCGAAUGCAGUACUUCUCGGAUACUCCAAGAUGUCAUACUACCAGUGUAGACACACUACAUACUCAAAUAGUUAGAAUGAGUAGUAGGUAAGUAUGCUGUUUCGAACUCAGCCAUUGCAUUUUAACAAUAGCAUCAUGCUAGGUUAGCAUAUUUACCAAAAUACGUUGUAUGUAAAUGUUGGGAGGACAAACGGUAGCAUAGAGUGGACAUAUUAAAGAAUUAAUGUGUUUUUUUUAAGCUGUAGUACUCAAGUAAAAGUAAAAUUAAGUUAAUUUGGAGUUGAUAUUUUGGAAGAUUACAUUCGGGAAAAAGUCAUACUAUUAUGGUAAUAGAGUUACAAUGGCGGUCUCCAUUAAGUAUCCACGUGACUCUUGGUACUCUGGUAUCGAUACGACGAUCAACCACUCAGAUGAUGACGAUGAUGAUGAUGAUACCCCCCCUUCUCCUGCUUGGUGGCACGUUGGCCCCGCCCACCGCCACCUGGCUGCGCUGCUGUCUUCCGAGUCGAGGCAGAGAGCCGCUGCUGCUCCUCGGCGCGCCAUCGGAGACCCGAGGCGGAGUGUUGGCGUCUUGCAGGAAAGAGAGAGAGAGAGCGAUAGAGAGAGAGAGAGCGAGUAUUUGUGCUUUUGCACGACGCUUUUUAAGGAUUAGUCGCCCCGUACAUCGGACGGAUGGGAAGAAAAGACCGGCAUCAAACCUUUUAGGGCAGACUUCCCGCGUCUUGUCAUCUUUAAAGUGGGCUCCUUCGUGCUUCCGCCUUCCGUAUUUUGUUGGACUUUUGGAGUAAAAACACCCGUCCGCACCCGGUCCUCCGGUGCUGCGAGGUUGGACCCCAGCGAGCCUCCUCCUCCUCCCCUGCAUCCCAGCACCGUGUGCCGCAUGGUGGGAAUCUCCGAGUCCUUUCGCUGUCGCACCGGGAAGCGCUCCACCAUGCCCGACUCACCUGCGGACGUCAAGACACAGUCCAGGUUGACCCCUCCCACCAUGCCGCCCCCACCCAGCACCCAAGGAGGCCCCCGCAACAGCUCCUACACCCCCACCACCUUGACCAACGGCAGCAGCCAUUCGCCCACCGCCCUCAACGGAGCGCCGUCGCCGCCCAACGGCUACAGCAACGGGCCCAGCUCCUCGUCGUCGUCCUCGCUGGCCAACCAGCAGCUGCCGCCGGCGUGCGGCGCCCGCCAGCUCAGUAAGCUCAAACGCUUUCUCACCACUCUGCAGCAGUUCGGCAACGACAUCUCGCCGGAAAUCGGCGAGCGGGUCCGCACGCUGGUGUUGGGAUUGGUGAAUUCCACGCUAACCAUCGAGGAGUUCCACUCCAAGCUCCAAGAAGCCACCAACUUCCCCCUGCGACCUUUCGUCAUCCCGUUCCUGAAGGCCAACCUGCCCCUCCUGCAGAGGGAGCUCCUCCACUGCGCCAGGCUGGCCAAGCAGAACCCCGCCCAGUACCUGGCCCAGCACGAGCAGCUGCUGCUGGACACCAGCACCACGUCGCCGGUGGACUCCUCCGAGCUGCUGCUGGAUGUCAACGAGAACGGCAAGCGGCGGACGCCCGACAGAACCAAAGAGAACGGCUUCGACCGCGACGCCGCCGCCGCCCUGCACCCAGACGUCCACCCGGGCAAGCGACCCUGCACCGUCAGCCCCGCCCAGCGCUUCAGCCCGUCCAACGGCAUCUCCUACCAGCCCAACGGCCUGCCCCACCCGGGCCCGCUGCCCCCCCAGCACUACCGGCUGGACGACAUGGCCAUCGCCCACCACUACCGCGACACCUACCGCCACCCGCCGUCCAAUCACAGGGAGAUCCGUGAGAGAGCCCGCCCCAUCGGUAUCCACGCGGGGGGCCGGCAGGAGGAGGUGAUAGACCACCGGCUGACGGACAGAGAGUGGGCCGAGGAGUGGAAGCACCUUGACCAUGUAAGAAAACUGCUCAACUGCAUCAUGGACAUGGUGGAGAAGACGCGGCGCUCGCUGACGGUGCUGCGGCGAUGCCAGGAGGCCGACCGCGAGGAGCUCAACUACUGGAUCCGCCGCUACAGCGACGCUGAGGAGCUGAAGAAAGGUGCCAACGCUGUUGGCGGCGGUGGCGGCGGCGGCGGGCAGUCGAGGCAGCAAAGCCCGGCCGCGCAGGACAACACUACAUCAGACAUUCACAGGGAGCUUCUGCAUCGGCCCGUUUCUGGUUACGUCCCUGAAGAAAUCUGGAAGAAAGCUGGUGCGGGCGGACUGACUUCCUGUGUCUCCGCCCUCUUUCCAGAGGAGGCGGUGAACGAGGUGAAGCGGCAGGCCAUGUCGGAGCUGCAGAAGGCCGUGUCGGAGGCCGAGCGCAAAGCCCACGAGAUGAUCAGCAGCGAGCGCGCCAAGAUGGAGCGCACGGUCGCCGAGGCCAAGCGGCAGGCGGCCGAGGACGCCCUGUCAAUCAUCAACCAGCAGGAGGAUUCCAGCGAGAGCUGCUGGAAUUGCGGCCGCAAAGCGAGCGAGACGUGCAGCGGCUGCAACACGGCGCGUUACUGCGGCUCCUUCUGCCAGCACAAGGACUGGGAGAAGCACCACCAUGUGUGCGGCCAGACCCUCCAGACCCUGCAGGCCCCCCAGCAGCAGGGCGGCGCCCCGGGACCGGACACCCCGGCUCCGGUCAGCUCCUCCGCCUGCACCCCCAGCAGCUGUGCCGGGAGCCCGGCGGCGACCCCGCCCGCCGCGACCACACGCUCGUCCACCCCCGGGACCCCGUCGUCGUCGUCGUUGGCGCCGGACGGGCCGCCGCGCUAGGACGGCGACGGAGUCGUCUCGCACACUUGCAAGUAUGCUAAGCUAACGCGGCUAACAGAAGAAAAAAAAUUUUUUUGUUUCUCUUGGGUCCAUAAUCGAGUCAUAUUGACUUUAAACAAAGAUGCUCUUUGGUCUUUCCCGACCAGUCACUAUAUGUAAAUAGUCACUUCUUCUUCGUCCUUUUGUGCUCGUCCUCGUUCUUGUUGAUACCGUCGUCAGUCCAGCGUAUUUUCUUGUAAAUAUUAAGAAGACAACCCCCCCGGACCGCCCACCCCCGCAGCCCCCAACCCCCAUCUGAGCCAAACUUUGCUCCCGUUUCAUCAUCCUACUUUCUGAUGUUCACAUCCAGCCUGGCUUUGAUUGGAUUUUUACGG